AGCUGCAGCGGUGGGGACUACGCGGGCCAGACCCAGUCAGAUGCAGAACCAACCAGAAGCACCCCCACCUGCAGCACUCACAUCCCUACAGACACAGCAGAUGACACUACAACAGCAGCAAAACGGUAAUACACACAAACACACUGCAGCUUUGUGUCGCUAAAUAGUCCUGGUUAUUGUUAAAUACAUUGCCAUGUUAACAACUAGUCUUUUUAAAAAAUCUCCUAUUAGUUUAAACCCUGGUUUCAGAGCUCUCUGCUGUGUUGAGAUGUGUUGUUCAGUCUGGUGGGUUAUGAUGAUGGGACACAUGACCAGUGAUCUAAUGCUCCCAGGCAGACAGACACAGAUAGGCUUAUUAGCCCAGCUGUACUGCUGAGAGAACAGAGGCAGCCAGAGGAUAGCUCUUUCACUGAGCUGCGCUCUAUUCCUGGGAGGGGGGCUUUAUUAUGAGCUUAUUGAAUGUGUUGCUUAGCACUCAUGUUUUUAUCCUUUUGUUGCCUUGUGUAUUUGCCUCUGAAGAGCUUUGAAGUAUAUUGAAACGGAACAGACAGUAGAAAUGAAAUGGACCACUAUUAUACAUUUAUGAUAGAUUAUAUUUGAUAAAUGUGUUUUCCUACCCUGUACGGGUUCAGCGCGGCGGAAAUCCAACUGUGUGAAGGAGGUGGAGAAACUGCAGGAGAAACGAGAGAGAAGGCGACUGCAACAACAGGAGCUGAGAGAUAAGAAGGCACAGGUAGGGUCACACACACACGAGUGGUGCGCAGUUUGUUCACCCACACCUACCCGCAAUUGCUAAUAACCGAUCCGCAACCACCCGACUAUAUGUGAUAAAGUGAAAAUCUGAGGCCUGCACCCAACCCUAACCCACUAAUAUAGAAAAUGCCUGUAGGCUACAGUCAGAGAUGUCGGAACAAUUGUAUGUGGACACCUGCCCGUCGAACAUCUAAUUCCAAAAUCAUGGGCAUUAAUACGGAGUUGGACCCCUUUGCUGCUAUGACAUUCUCCACUCUUCUUGGAAGGCUUUCCACUAGAUGUUGGAACAUUGCUGCGGGGACUUACUUCCAUUCAGCCACAAGAGCAUUAGUGAGGUCGGGCACUGAUAUUGGGCGAUUAGGCCUGGCUCGCAGUCGGCAUUCCAAUUCAUCCCAAAGGUGUUCGAUGGGGUUGAGGUCAGGGCUCUGUGCAGGCCAGUCAAGUUCUUCCACACCGAUCUCGACAAACCAUUUCUGUAUGGACCUCACUUCGUGCACGGGGGCAUUGUCAUGCUGAAACAGGAAAGGGCCUUCCCCAAACUGUUGCCACAAAGUUGGAAGCACAUAAUCGUCUAGAAUGUCAUUGUAUGCUGUAGCGUUAAGAUUUCCUUUCACUGGAACUAAGGGGCCUAGCCCGAACCAUGAAAAACAGCCCUAGACCAUUAUUCCUCCUCCACCAAACUUUACAGUUGGCACUAUGCAUUGGGGAAGGUAGCGUUCUCCUGGCAUCCGCCAAACCCAGAUCCGUCCGUCGGACUGCCAGAUGAUGAAGCGUGAUUCAUCAUUCCAGAGAACGCGUUUCCACUGCUCCAGAGUCCAAUGGUGGCGAGCUUUACACCACUCCAUCCAACGCUUGGCAUUGCGCAUGGUGAUCUUAGGCUUGUGUGCGGCCAUGGAACCCAUUUCAUGAAGCUCCCAAUGAACAGUUAUUGUACUGACGUUGCUUUCAGAGGCAGUUUGGAACUCGGUAGUGAGUGUUGCAAGACGAUUUAUACGGGCUUCAGCACUCGGCGGUCCCGUUCUGUGAGCUUGUGUGGCCUACCACUUCGCGGUUGAGCCGUUGCUAUUCCUAGAAGUUUCCACUUCACAAUAACAGCACUUACAGUUGACCGGGGCAGCUCUAGCAGGGCAGAAAUUUGACGAACUGACUUGUUAGAAAGGUGGCAUCCUAUGACAGUGCCACGUUGAAAGUCACUGAGCUCUUCAGUAAGGCCAUUCUACUGCCAGUGUUUGUCUAUGGAGAUUGCAUGGCUGUGUGCUCGAUUUUAUACACCUGUCAACAACAGGAGUGGCUGAAAUAUCCGAAUCCACUAAUUUGAAGGGGUGUCCACAUACUUUUGUAAAUAUAGUGUAUGUUUCUUCUUAUAAUUUCCGACAUUUUGGUAGGCUAUUUGUUAGUCAGCUUGUCUAUAUUUAGAUACAUGCAGCUUCUCUUCUGUCAUUAUAUGUUGCCCUAAAAGACUAAAUAAACCCUUGCUCACCAGAAUAAUGUCAUAAAUCGAUAGAAUGAAUGCUUCAAUCUAGUUGAAAUCGGUAACAUUUCUCUGUCAUCUCUGCUUCUUUCGCGGAGCAAAGACGUUUAGGGACCGGGAUAAAAUGCAAAAAAAAAGAAAAAGGUAACGAUUUUCAGGGCAAAAUUUCAAAAUGACCGGUUGUAAUGAAAUAUAAAUCUGUGAAAACGACCCAACAUGUUUCUGAUAAGAUUUCAGUUUGGCUUGGGCUAUUUUAUGUGAUUGAAAUACUAACAGCUUUUAUUAUGCUAAUAAAGAUAGCACCUCUACAGACGGUAUCUAACUGCACACUUGCAUUCUCUCAAGAUGCUGAAAGAAAUAAAUCAUUUAUCUCUUGUUCCUGAGUCAAACAUUUUCCUACAUUUGGUGUAUAAUUUUACUGCAAGAAAUGCUUAAUUCUGCAAGAGUUAAUAUGAAGGCUAUGUGAGAGGUUAUAGACCUACAGUGAGUGUUUCAGUUUCCAUUUAACCCAUUUGAACAGUAGGCUACAGUUCCCUUGACGUGCCAUAGGCCCAUUUGAAGUCCCCGUCUUGUGACUGUCUUGUAUAGCGCCUCACAAUCAUCACACAUAACAUAGCCGGCACUGCUAUCAUCCUCUUUUACCACUUCACCAAAUCUUUCCCAAACAUUACUUUUCUGUCCCUCUCUUCUCAUUAUUUUCAACUCUCCAUUUUGCAGCUCUUAUUGAAUUAAAGUCCUACAUUGUACUUUUUGCCUCUGUAGAUGACGUUAACGUUUUCUGCGCAUUCCCAAAAGCAUUUGGCGUUUAGGCUUUUUGGUGUGCAUACAGUUAGUCCUUAAAGCUUAGGCUUACGCACUAAUGCCAGAAAAAAACUAAAUGUAGGUAUAAAUUGCACGGGCCCCCUGAGUGGCGCAGCGAUCUAAGGCACUGCAUCGCAUUGCUUGAGGGGUCACUACAGACCUGGGUACGAUCCCAGGCUGUGUCGCAGCUGGCCGUGACCGGGAGACCCAUUAGGCGGCGCACAAUUGGCCCAGCAUCGUCCGGGUUAGGGGAGGGUUUGGCCGGCCGGGAUUUCAUUGCGCUCUAGCGACUCCUUGUGGCGGACCGGGCGCUUGCAAGCUGACUUCGGUUGCCAGUUGUACACAUUGGUGCGGCUGACUUCCGGGUUAAGCAAGCAGUGCGCCUCUCCUGAGUCUGUACGGGAGUUGCAGCGAUGGGUCAAGACUGUAACUACCAAUAGGGGGUAAAAGUAUAAAAAAUAUAUAUAUAAAUUGCACAAUAAUUAUACAUUAAUGGAUUUUUUUAUGCAUUCUUUUUUCUUUAUUCAACCCGCCCUUCAUCCACACAAUAUUUCAUGACCCUAAACCCGCCCGCCCCGAGGAUAUAUCCGCUGGGACUGCGGUAACCCGCACAUCACUAACACACACACACACUGUUGACUGUGCCGUUCUCUCCCAGGAGGUAGAUGUCACUGUGCCUAACUAUGAGAUCAUGUGUAUGAUCAGAGACUUCAGAGCCAGUCUGGACUACAGGCCUCUAACCACCGCUGAUCUGGUAUGUCUUUAUCCAUAUCUGUCUGCUAAACUGGUUAGGUGUAGAUCUAUUUUCAUAGAGUGGUGCCACAUCUUCAUUGGCCACUAACUAAAUCACAUCUUGUAUGACAUUGUUUCAACUUUCAGAUCGAUGAGGAGCACAGGAUAUGUGUUUGUGUACGAGCACGGCCCCUCAAUAAAAAAGGUACACAUUUUAUCAAUCGAAAACAGGCACACAAACUUUUGGUUACAUGGUCUUUUACAUGCAGAGAUUUAACAGCAUCACAUUCCUCACACUUUCACAUGGAAACAUUAUUUAUAUUUCAAAUGUGGGUUAUUGAAAUGUUCCAGUGGGUUAUUCAGAACUAUUUUCACCUCCCCCCUCCCCCUCCAGAGUUGACUAUGAAGGACCUGGAUGUGAUCACCAUCCCCAGUAAGGAUGUGGUGAUGGUCCAUGAGCCCAAGCAGAAGGUGGACCUGACCAGAUACCUUGAGAACCAGACCUUCCGCUUCGAUUAUGCCUUUGACGACAGCACCGACAAUGAUAUGGUCUAUCGGUAUGUUUCCCUUCUCAACUUUCAAGAGGUAAUAGCGUCUGGUGUGGAGGUACGUUUCAAGAACAAAAAUAAUAAUGUGUACUGGGACGAGUUCUAACUGGAGAUAUGUGUAUGUGUCAAAACUCCCAUUGACAUAACAUGGUUUAUUUGAAAGUGUGAGUUCAAAGUAUAAUAUUGUAAUUUAGAUUAUCUUUACUUUGAUUUGGGUGAACUAACUUUUCAAGUAAACCAUUUAUUCUCCCUGUCCCCAGGUUCACCGCCCGACCACUGGUGGAGACCAUCUUUGAGAGGGGAAUGGCCACCUGCUUCGCCUACGGACAGACAGGAAGUGGGAAAACACAUGUGAGUGGCACUGAUGAUGAUCACUUCCUGUGUGUGUCGGCUAACAUUUGAAUGCCAACUUGAUAAUGCUGUAUGCCAGCAAGCACUUUCUAGUCUUUCUUUUUUGGCACAUUGCCUUCGUUUGGGAGUUCAUCGCACCCCUUUCCCUUUCAGACUAUGGGAGGAGACUUUUCGGGGAAGAACCAGGACUGUUCUAAAGGGAUCUACGCACUGGCUGGUACGAACACUACACCAUAUCUCUCUCUCCAGAAAAAGUUGUGUUUCUUUAGUUAAAACAUGUUCUUUCUGUGUAUUUGUGUAAAGUUGUGUCUCUUCAGUGAAACCCUUUCUCUCUGUGCAGCGAGAGAUGUGUUUCUCAUGCUGAAGAAGCCAAACUACAAGAAGUUAGACCUCAAUGUCUACUCCACCUUCUUUGAGAUCUACAGCGGGAAGGCAAGUGAAAUCACCACAAUACAUGCAUCUUCAAACCCCCUAUAUUGAACCGUAAAGCCUGGAGGGUGGCUGUGUUGACUGUCUUUAUAUGACCGUGUUUUGUGGUUGUGGUUCUGUACGUGUUUGACCUGCUGAACCGUAAAGCCAAACUGCGUGUGCUGAAGGAUGGUUGUGGUUGUGUAAACCUGGCCGCAUGGUUGUGUUGCGGUUCUCUAGGUGUUUGACCUGCUGAACCGUAAAGCCAAGCUGAGGGUUCUGGAGGAUGGGAAGCAGCAGGUGCAGGUGGUUGGGCUGCAGGAGAGAGAUGUCAAAUGUACUGAAGACGUCCUCAAACUCAUAGAGGUUGGAAACAGCUGCAGGUACAACCACAGAGGGAGAGUAGGAGGGAGGGGUGGAGUGGGAUGGUUUAAUUGAUUGGCGGUAACUUUCUUUAAAGAUCUGAAAAUACUAUUCUAUUCCUGCCAGUCAUUUCCUGCUGCUUACUCUCCCUCCCUCCCCCUCUCUGUCAUCUCUCUCUCCCCCCUCUCUUGCUCCUCCUCCUCUUCCACUCUCUCUGUCCCAUCUCUCUCCAUCUCUCCCUCUCUCCCAGGACGUCAGGUCAGACCUCGGCCAACGCCCACUCGUCCCGUAGCCACGCUGUGUUCCAGAUCAUUCUGAGGCGGCGAGGGAAGAUGCACGGCAAGUUCUCGCUGAUCGACCUGGCGGGGAACGAGAGGGGGGCCGACACGUCCAGUGCUGACCGCCAGACUCGCCUGGAGGGGGCCGAGAUCAACAAGAGCCUGCUGGCACUCAAGGAGUGUAUCAGAGCCCUGGGUCGGAACAAGCCCCACACCCCGUUUAGAGCCAGCAAGCUGACCCAGGUUCUUAGAGACUCCUUCAUUGGGGAGAACUCCAGGACCUGCAUGGUGAGAUAAUACUGUAUAUAAAAAUCCUUUAAAGUGGCGAUCAGCAGUUGAAACAAUAACAAAGCGUACUCCCCGCCCCUGUUUCGCUAAAAAGCUGAGGGAUGGGGCUGGAGAAAUGUAACCACUCUCAAAUUCAUAGACAGAGCUAUGGAUGCAAGGACUGACCAUCCAUGAUAUCAAAAUGAUAGUUCUAACUAUGUUUUGAGGCUAUACAGUGUUUGUUUACAUUUACUUUGUUAAGAGUUAAACAAGCUUAUAUUUUGGGUUCUGAUGGGGUACUAAACUCAUGAAGUUAUAUUAUUGAAGAAUUUAUGGGUACAUAUAAUUAAUUUAUAAGUCCAAAAAUGGAUAUAGCUACUGCAGAUUGUGCCUUCAACACUUCCUGUACUUCACAACUACCUGGUUUGCUGUUUAUCUACUAAGCACCAACGAUGAUGAUUUUCUAAUGAUGUAGUAACUGUUAUUUCUCCACACAGAUUGCCACUAUAUCUCCUGGAAUGGCUUCCUGUGAAAACACUCUAAACACUCUGAGAUACGCCAACAGGUGAGACCACGCUAACUGACUGUCUACAUCUCAACACCGACUAAUUACUAAGACUGUUGGUUGAUAGGGAGAAGUUAAUUCAAGUUGUCAUUGCAGAAUAACCUUCCCCCUCUCUACCUCCUCUCACUCCCUCUUCUUGAUACGAGCCAAAACAUUUACCCUCUAAUGUAUGACCAGACCUUAUACUGACUGGAUCUUCUCCGUCGUUUUGUGUAUGUCUCUCUCUCCCCCUCUCCAGAGUGAAGGAGUUUGGGAUCAGCCCAUCAGACAUCCCCUUCUCCCAGCAGCAGGGUGGUGGAGGGGGGAGUCGUGCUGAGCUCUCCCCCACUAACACCUACGAGUACGAUGACUUUCCCACCUCUCCCACCAGGUCUCUCCUCUCUACUGAUCUCUUACCUACCGUACUUACUUCAUCUUCUUUGUUUCUAUGUUUGUGAUCUCCACUAGCUCACAUACAAACCCAUCCUCUGUUCUGCCUCUCAUUUGACUCCAGAUGAACUGUAACCGUAUAAUAACUAUAAAGCCAAUCAGGCCAUAAAGAAAAUAUCCAUUUGAUCCUUGACCAGGGGUUAUAGGGGUAACUUUGACCUUUCUUUUUAUUUUGUACACCUCUAAGUACCCCUUUGCAUUUACUUACGUGUUGCGAAUAUCUGGUUUCCAUAUAAGUAAGGGAUGGCUACAAACCUGCAAGGCCUCAUGUUUUUCAGCUUGUUUCAGUUUGAUUUCAUUUAUUAGAUUUUUUUUCAUUUAUUUAACCUGCACUGAUAUAAUUUAUUUAAAGGUCCCGAACAGUAAUUCUGAUUCCCAUGUAAAAUAGCCUUUUGAGUGACUAAAAUACCACCCAUAAUAUUUGUUUUGGAUAGAAAUGCUUAAAACUUUCGGAAAAACUGAUUUUUUUCUCAUUGCCAACUACCAGGAAGUUUGAAAAGACAGGCUAAGUGGACGGUGAGCUUAUAUUCAUGAGCUCACCUUGACUGACAGCUCUUUGAAACACCUAUGUCAAGCAACUUGGAUGCAGUGAGCAGUGUUGCAGUAAAAUCAUCUCAAGAAAAUGUGGUGAUACAUAAAGCAACUCAAGCAACAUUGAAAUUGCAUCAAUGAUUUAAUCAUAGCAUCAAUGAUUUUUUUAUACAUCUCCUGUGUGGCAUGUCUCUUGUGAUAUGGUUCACAGCAGCACUGACGGAUGUGUUAAAAUGACAACUGCGUCAGAGUUUUCAAAGACCCCCCUCACCUUUUGUUCCAUGCUGGCUGAAGACCUAGCUAGCCAGUAACUAGCUAACACCAGACACAGAUGAAAUGGGAAAUAUAUAAGUAUCUUUGCCAUAGAUGAAUAGGGUAAUUAUGUUUGCUGACAACCUACAGAUUUUGACACCAGUUGAGUAGCUAUCUAGCUAUAUAAAUCACGCCCCUUUUAAAACACGCCUUCUCCAAUGUUGGUUACAAGGCGGUACUUAUUUAAAUUAGGUAAGAGAAUAUCAUGUUACCAUUGGUGUAUUAAAAUGAGAGCGUUAGGGUGAUGUCACCCUAUCCCCUUAAUAAUCCCGCCUCCUGAAUCCAAGUGUUUGACACAGGGGAGGGGAUCAGUACCUUUAUGUUCAAACUUUAUCAAUGUAGAAACAGUUAACUUUUCAUACUUUGGUCAUCAUACUUUGAUCCAAUUUCAUGAAAAACAUGAUUUUGACUGUUCAUGAGCUUUGACCUUCAGUUUCAGUUUGUCAUUGCUGAAUUGUGGCAUGCUUAUAUGUUUAACUGUUUUUAAUUCAUUCAUUUCAGAAGCAGUUUUUAGUUUUCCAUGUUUUUCUUUCCCAGCUUGUCCUUCAAACUCCUGCCUAAGAAUGUCUCUAUUCGUUCCCAUUGGUUAAUUGACUGUUUUAACCAAUCAGAAGAUCAUGUGGUCAGAGAAAACGACUAAUGUGUGUGUGUGUGUGUGUGUAUGCGCAUACAUGUGUGUGCUUGCAUAUGUGUGUGUGUGCGUACAUGCUUGCGUACGUGUGUACAUGUGUGCGUACGUGUUUGUGCUUGCGUGCCUGUGUGUGUGUGUGUGUGUGUGUGUGUGUUUGUUUGUGUGCGUCGACAGGGUGAAGGAGCUGACGGUGGCCCCCGGGGUGAUGAUGGAGGGGCGGGGAGGACACAGCGUCACCCAGCUGGAGGUCCUGGAGGCUCAGUGGGGGGUCGGCAGCUCCCCUCAGAGGGACGACCUCAAACUUCUCUGUGAACAGAAUGUAAGAACACAUUCACACACACCUACUGUACAGUUACCUCUGUAUACAGUGCAUUCGGAAAGUAUUCAGACCCCUUGACUUUUUCCACAUUUUGUCACGUUACAGCCUUAUUCUAAAAUUGAUUAAAUAAAAAAUUGUCCUCAAUCUACACACAUAAUGACAAAGCGAAAACAGGUUUUUAGAAAUGUUUGGAAAUUAAUAAUAAAAUAAAAUACCUUAUUUACAUAAGUAUUCAGACCCUUAGCUAUGAGACUCGAAAUUGAUCUCAGGUGCAUCCUGUUUCCAUUGAUCAUCCUUGAGAUGUUCCUACAACUUGAUUGGAGUCCACCUGUGGAAAAUUCAAUUGAUUGGACAUGAUUUGGAAAGGCACACACCUGUCUAUAUAAGGUCCCACAGUUGCAUGUCAGAGCAAAGACCAAGCCAUGAGGACGAAGGAAUUUUCCGUAGAGCUCCGAGACAGGAUUGUGUCGAGGCACAGAUCUGGGGAAGGAUACCAAAAUAUGUCUGCAGCAUUGAAGGUCCCCAAGAACACAGUGGGCUCCAUCAUUCUUAAAUGGAAGAAGUUUGAAACCACCAAGACUCUUCCUAGAGCUGGCCGCCUGGCCAAACUGAGCAAUCGGGGGAGAAGGGCCUUGGUCAGGGAGGUGACCAAGAACCCGAUGGCCACUCUUACAGAGCUCCAGAGUUCCUCUGUGGAGAUGGGAGAACCUUCCAGAAGAACAACCAUCUCUGCAGCACUCCACCAAUCAGGCCUUUAUGGUAGAGUGGCCAGACGGAAGCCACUCCUCAGUAAAAGGCACAAGACAGCCUGCUUAGAGUUUGCCAAAAGGCAACUAAAGGACUCAGACCACGAGAAACAAGAUUCUCUGGUCUGAUGAAACCAAGAUUGAACUAUUUGGCCUGAAUGCCAAGAGUCAUGUCUGGAGGAAACCUGGCACCAUCCCUACGGUGAAGCAUGGUGGUGGCAGCAUCAUGCUGUGGGGAUAUUUUUCAGCGGCAGGGAGUGGGAGACUAGUCAGGAUAGAGGGAAAGAUGAACGGAGCAAAUUACAGAGAGAUCCUUGAUGAAAACCUGCUCCAGAGCGCUCAGGACCUCAGACUGGGGCGAAGGUUCACCUUCCAACAGGACAACAACCCUAAGCACACAGCCAAGACAACGCAGGAGUGGCUUCGGGACAAGUCUCCGAAUGUCUUUGAUUGGCCCAGCUAGAGCCCGGACUUGAACCUAAUCGAACAUCUCUGGAGAGACCUUAAAAUAGCUGUGCAGCGAUGCUCCCCAUCCAACCUGACAGAGCUUGAGAGGAUCUACAGAGAAGAAUGGGAGAAACUCCUCAAAUACAGGUGAGCCAAACUUGUAGCGUCAUACCCAAGAAGACUCGAGGCUGUAAUCUCUGCCAAGGUGCUUCAACAAAGUACUGAGUAAAGGGUCUGAAUACUUAUGUAAAUGUGAUAUUUCCGUUUUGUAUUUGUAAUACAUUUGCAAACAUUUCUAAAAACCUGUUUUUGCUUUGUCAUUAUUGGGUAUUGUGUCUCCCCUCCCUCCAUCGGCCUCUCUCUCUCUCUCCCCUCCUUCUCUCCAGGAAGAGGAGGUGUCCCCCCAGCUCUUUACCUUUCAUGAAGCUGUGUCUCAGCUGGUGGAGAUGGAGGAACAGGUGCUGGAAGACCACCGAGCUGUGUUUCAGGUACACACACACACACAAACACACACACACACACAUAUAGUUCAGAGUAGGGCUGCACAGUUAAUCGAAUUGACAUCGAAAUCGUAAUCUUAACGUGCAAUAUCCAUAUCGCAAGGGAUCCAUAUCGCAUGCAAUAUUUUGAAACGCCAUUCAGCCGCGUAAUGUCAGUUUUUAUAGUUUACUCCAUUUGUUGUCUCCUUUCUCUCCUCUUGUGGCUGCAACACGCACAACAAGCCUUGCAACCUGUCACUCGAUCAGCGCACUUCCUUCUCCUCGCUGUUAGAUUCACUAGAAGUUUGCUUGCUGUUUUGUUAGGUCAAAUGCAGUCAACAGAUUGUUCCAAACAAGAAUUAUGCUUUUUUCCACUUCGCUUCUUAAUAUAAAUCAUUCUGUUUCUAUGAUUCCAACAGUUAUCCCAAGUGUUUUGAUCUAUAUCACAAGUCAAAAUACAUUAUUUGGUUAAAAAAAAUCUCUAUUAGAUUUUAUGGCCAUACCGUGUAGCCAUAGUUCAGAGUAGGUGUUUCAUUCUCUGUGUGUGUUCCUGUGUGUGUCCGGUGCAGGAGUCUAUCCGCUGGCUGGAGGAUGAGAAGGUUCUGUUGGAGAUGACAGAGGAAGUGGACUACGAUGUAGACUCCUACGCCACGCAGCUAGAACAGAUCCUGGAUCAGAAGAUAGACAUCCUCAUUGAGCUCAGAGGUAACGUGGGGUUCUAAUAACCGAUUCUAGAUCAGAACUAAGCAAUCAUUAAAUGAAUUGUGAUUGUAAGUCGCUCUGGAUAAGAGCGUCUGCUAAAUGACGUAAAUGUAAUGUAAAUGUAAUGUUAUUUGGAAGUAAGAAACAAGAUGACGUUUCAUAGUAUUUUUUACAGAUUAUAUCUAAGCCUCUACCUUCUUACCUCCUUUCAAUCCUCCCUUCUUUCCUCCCCUCUUUCCUCCCCUCUUUCCUCCCCUCUCGCUUCCUCUCUCAGACAAAGUGAAGGGUUUCCGUUCUACGCUCCAGGAAGAGGAGCAGGCGAGCAAACAGAUCAACCCCAAGAGGCCUCGCGCUCUUUAG